AUGGCGACCCUCAUCUUCGCGCCGCUGCCUCCAGCAAUCAUCCGCCUCAGCUUGCGGCCUGAGGAAUGGGACGCCUGUCUCGAUGCUUGGCUGACCUUGUGCGAGUUGACCUUGAAACAACUCCCGCCCGCCGACCUCACUUCGAACACAAGCGAUCAUGCCGCCCUCCCCGGCUUUCUGGCGACUUACUACCGGGAGUGCAGCCUGUUGCAGCGAGAUGAUCACACCCUGAGCACCCCCAAAGCCCGCUUGCUGCGGAAAACUUGCUUCAAGAUCGUAUCUCGCAUUUUUCUCGCAGACGCGCCUAUUCCAUUAUCGCUAUUGGACUUCUCCUUCUGGUCGAGCUUUUGCCAGGCUCACCUCAAGGCUACAGCCCUCCAGAAGCUGCUGGGCAAGGUAUGGAAGAAAAAGGCCGAUCAGCUCUCGCCGCGAUUGCAAAAGCAAAAAGAUCGGAUUACCGCCGCUCUGGAGUCUAAAACACUCGAAGAUGGCGUUCAACUGCUCGCUCAGCUUGCACCUAUCCUCCAUGCAUCGACUGACAUUGCGUUAUUAUUCAUGACUGGUUCAGACUUUCUGGACUCGUUGGUCUCCGCCUAUAGCCAUGCGGUCAACGACGACCAGAAGAAAGCAAUAUCGACAGUGCUAUAUCUUGGCUUAGUGAGCUUACCCAGUACGGAGCCACCAAGCAAUUCGCUUCUUUCGGACCAUUUAUACACUCUGAAAGGCCAUAGCGACAAGUCUCCCCCCAAUCAAUCACUACUCGCGGAUGUGAUCACAAACACACUUCUCUUAUCGAAAUUGCGUCAUUAUCUUGCGGAGAAGACGGCCCCGGAUAGACUGUUCAAACUGCUCGACACUCUGGAGACGUAUCGUACGCCAAGCCUGGCGAGACAGAAGCGUCGGGUGCAACGUAGUCGCAGCCGUGCAAAGGGCAAACAAGUGGAAUCUCGCACCGAGAUCAACGUGCACCAGAUGAGCUUGGUGACGCAAGUGCAAGAUCUAUUCCCCGACCUGGGAUCCGGAUUCGUGAUGAAACUACUUGACGAGUAUGAUGAUGAUGUGGAGCAAGUCACGGCGCAUCUCCUCGACGACUCUCUGCCGCCUCAUUUGGCCUCACUCGAUCGAAGUGAGGCCGCAGCAGUUCACGACAGCAGUCAAGCCGCCGAGAUAGAUAGCCUCGUGCCCCGAUCGACGCCCCCACGAAUGGCCGAGCCAUUCAUUCCUGAUCGGCGAAACGCGUUCGAUGACGAUGAGUUAGAUCGGCUCGACUUUGACACAAGCCGACUACAUAUUGGCAAACGAAAUAAAAGCGUCGCAGCUGACGACCAGCCCAACAAAGCCGCGAUCCUUGCUGCUCUCGCCGCCUUCGACUCAGAUGACGAUGAGAGAGACGACACAUAUGAUGUUGAAGACGUCGGAGGCACCAUCGACACGACAGCUCCAGAUGGCGAGCCUGGUCCAGUGGCGAAGGUUACACAGGAAGAAAACGACAAAGCGCUCUUUACUGCCUAUCAAUCCCACCCUGAAAUGUUUGGUCGCACAUUUGACAUUCGCCGAGGACAACCGCGGGCAGCCCUGAAACAGCAAACUGGCAUGACUGAUGAACAAAUUGAAGGCUGGGCGCUCAUGCUCCAACGCGAUCCCAAGCGCCUCCAACGUCUCGAAACACAACAAUCUGGUGCAUUCACAGGACAGCAGACUGAACUUGCCAGCACCGCAUACCACGGCAGUGCCGGAAAUACCGAAACAGAAGAUUCUGAUGCCGCUCAGGGCUCGAGAGGUGGCUUCCGAGGACGCGGCAGAGGACGAGGGCGUGGUGGUGGUGGUGGUGGUGGUGGUAGAGGCCGAGGCGGAAAUGUCGCUGGCCCUUCCAGUGAAGCCAGCACUGCGAAUGCCCAACGGAAGAAAGAGGCCAGUAAAUCCAGUCGUGCCAAUCAUAACCGUCGCGAUCAACGCGCGAAGAAAAUGGCAAGAGGGGGCUUUCCAGGCUAAGUACCUUAGAUUAAGCCAAACCAUUAAGCCAAACCAUGAAGUACGUUGAUGACUUGACUUGUGUGUGUGUGCGCAUACGGUCUUCUAAAU